AUGGUGUCUGAGAACAAGGUAGAGCUCAACAAGGGCCUCAGAAGCGGCUACUACGACAGGACCGAGUCGAGCCUCAUCGUCCCUAAGCCGGGCAAACUGCUGUACCGCGGCUACAACAUCGACGAUCUCGCCCGUUACUCCACCUUCGAAGAGACGACCUACCUCCUCCUCUACGGCUCUCUGCCGACGCGUUCCCAGUGCGACGAGCUUACCUCCAGGCUGGUUUCCCUUCGCAGCCUGCCUCCCCAGGUACUCGAAACUAUCGCGACGUAUAGGGACUCCCACCCGAUGGAUGCGCUCCGCGCCGCCGUCUCGGCGAUGAGCAUUUCCGACCCUGACGUCGAAGACAAUUCCCACGAAGGCAUCCUGGACAAGGGCAUCCGAAUGGUCGCGGCCACGCCGGCCAUGGUCGCCGCGCACCACCGGAUCAGGAGCGGGCUGGACCCAAUCGAGCCGGACGAAAGUCUCACACACGCCGCGAGCUUCCUGCACCUCCUGUUCGGCGAGCAUCCGGACCCGGAGGACGCCAAGCUGAUCGACAAGGACUUCCUGCUCCACGCCGAGCACGGAAGCAACGCGUCCACGUUCGCCGGGAGAGUGGCCGCGUCCACCGGCGCGGACUUCUACUCCGCCAUGACCUCGGCCGUAUCCGUACUCAAGGGCCCGAAGCACGGGGGCGCCGCUGAGGCCGUCAUUCGCAUGGCCCACGACGUGGGCAGCGAGGAGAACGCCGAGGCAUACGUCGAGUCGGUGAUCGGCAACCGGGGCCGGAUCCCGGGGUUCGGCCACCCCGUAUACCAGGACAUCGACCCCCGCUCCGUGCAUCUCAGGGCCGACGCGAAGGCCCUCGGGGAACGCAAGGGGCAGCCCAAGUGGUUCGCCAUCAUCGAGGCCGUGGCGAACAGCCACGCCAUGCGCAGGCGCGCCAAGCUCGGCAUCAACCCGAACGUGGAUCUCUGGUCAGGCGCCAUCUACUCACUGCUCAAUAUUCCGGAGGACCUGUUCGUGCCCCUGUUCGCCAUCGGCAGGAUCCCCGGAUGGACCCUCCACCUCUUGGAACAGUACGCGUCGAGGGACAUACUCCGCCCCAGGCUCUACUACAAGCGGCAAGAAGGACCUGGAGUACGUCCCGAUGGACCUGCGGCAAUGACACCAAGCCGGGAGCUCAGUCGAGCGCGGGCCCGGCCGGAGAGGGAUGGAAGGUGA